GAACAAUCUCUCUCCACCGUCCCGCGAUUGCAGGGCUUUGUUCGUCCUUCUCUCCUAUCUUUCUUUUUCUUUCUUUGUUUUUUUUUUUAAUUUCGGGGCCCUCGAUCGAAUCGAACUAAUCCUCUGCAAAUCCCCAAAAUAUCCUCACAAUAAAUAAAGGGCAUGUUCGACCUUUGAACUCUCAUUUGGUUUCUCAGAUUCGCCACGGAGAAUCUUUCCAAGGGAGUUGAGAUUUCUAGGGUUUCUUCCUGUUGUAUUUUGAGCUUCCUUUCUGGUUGGUUGGGAGGCUUACUUUCGAGGGCUCUGGUCGUCUUGGGUGCUUCGUAUUCGCAGAUCUGAGUUUCGGAGACUCGUGGAGGCGAUUUCGCAGUUCAAUUGCGUCUGUCAAGAUGUUUUGGCGUAUGGCGGGAUUGUCCACCGCGUCUCCUGGCUCGAACCUGCCAAAGCUGUGAAGUUCGAAUCUGCUGAAGCUUCUCUUCUACCAACCUCUCAAAUCUGCAAUACAGCUCUGUUCAGUGUUGACUGUUGGGUGGAGGUUAAAAACUUAAAAUAUACGGGUGUGUUCUUCUUCUUCUUCUUCUUAUUCUUUUGCAACGUCAGACCUUAAGAGGAUCAAAGAAGCAAAGACUUCACACUUCUGCUGCAGCUUCAGUCUUCAAACUUCAGGUAUCCAAGUAUCAUAGAGAUGCAAAGCUUGUGAUUUACUCCAAAGAAAAUGGCCUAAUUGGUGCUUGUCCCCUAAUUGAUGUAUUCUUUGCAAGGCUAAUGGCUCUUAAGUACAUCUAUUUUGAUCCUCAUCUACUCUGUCUGGAGAUAUGCCAGCCAUGUCUCAACCAGAAGAUGCCACUGACUUAGAGAACUAUGAAUUUAAGUGGGGUAAAAAGAGAGGUCUUGGUGGGAAAAGGAAGGAAGUCCGAUUUUACGAAUCUUUUACUUUUGAUGGUGUGGAUUAUUCUCUAUAUGACUGUGUAUAUCUCUACAAAGAAGGUGAGCCUGAGCCUUACAUCGGUAAACUUAUGAAAAUAUGGGAGCAGCCAGACCAUAAAAAGAAAAUAAAGGUCCUGUGGUUUUUUCGCCCGAUUGAAAUUCUAAAUUAUAUUGGAGAUAAUAUGACAGUCCAUGACAAGGAAAUAUUUUUGGCAUCUGGUGAAGGUGUAGGUCUUGCCAAUGUUAAUCCUCUGGAAGUGAUUGCUGGGAAAUGUAAUGUUGUCUGCACAUCUGAGGACCCCAGAAAUCCACAACCUUCCAAUGAAGAACUGGAAAUGGCUGACUACAUCUUCCAUCGUACAUUUGAUGUUGGAAACUAUAAAAUAUCAGAUAAGAUGGAUGAUAAAGUUGGUGGAAUUGAAGUUAGGUUCAUAUUUAACAAAAAAGAGGUUCAAGGAUCCAGCAAUAUUCCCAAACAUGUUGCAGAACAGAUAAAAGAAAAUGGUAGAGUAGUAGUAGGUGAUGAAGCAUCAAAAUCAUUUUCCAAGCAAAACUCGGUUCCAAUUGAAAAUGUAAAUGCAGUUGAUACACCUACUUGUUCAGUAGCUAAAGGGGAUGCACAAUUGGAGCUUCCAUGGGCUAACGAGGAACCUUUAUCUGGAGAAAAAGCUGCUCCUGGUGUAGUUACAGAGGCAAAAGAAUCUGCACCUUCUGGUGUCAGACAGGAAAAGGUCCUUAAGAGAUUUAAAGCUAACUAUGAAAAGGAUGGUAAAGGCAGUGACAUACCUAGUCAAGUUGAAGAUAAAGAGAGACCAAUAUCUGCAAAGGGUGUGGGGGAACUUGAUAGGCCUUCCAAGAAGGCAAAACUUGACACUGAUACUAAAUUGGAAGAACAGCAGGCCUAUCUCUCAUCUUUGUUGGCAACUGGCAAGGAAAGGAGUGGGAAUAUCUCACAGAAAUUAGCAGUUGAUUCUGAAGAUGAUGGUGUGAAGGUUUCACUGAAAGCUGACAGUGCUUCUGAGGAUAAAAGCAAAUCUAAACUUGUCAAGGAGUCUGUUGUUCAAGACAAGGGCCAUUCCAAGAAGGUUAAACCAGAUGGGAAGACAACCAAAAUCUCUAAUGGGGUUCUUCCUAAAGCAGCUUCUGCACAUCCUCCGGAGAAAGACAUUAAAACUGAUGCCCGAUUGUUGGAGGUGACGAGAAGGCCUAAUGCUGAUAGAAGCAAAUGGUUCAAGGCACUUCCUUGGGAGGAAAGAAUGAAGACUGCCCAUGAGCAAGAAACACUUGUUCUGCUUCAGAAUCUGGAUCCAGCAUAUACGUCAGCAGAAAUAGAGGAUAUAAUUUGGCAUGGUUUUAGGGAAAACUGCACAGCAAAGGUGGUGCAGCACACUUCUGCGUCUAGUCCACAUUCUGGUCAAGCUUUUGUUAUUUUCAAAACAAGAGAAGCAGCGGAGAUGGCAAUUAGAAAAUUAGAUGAGGGAUGCCUUAUGCUACCUAAUGGAAGACCUCUUAUUGGUAGCAGAGUAAAUCCUGUAUUGCAAAGAAAACGGUCUGCCUUUGUUGGGCAUCUCUUCAUUGACAAAGUUAGACUUCAAAUGCCGCGUGAGGACAUGAAACGAGCAAUAUCUACAUCACAUUGUUCUCAGCCCAAUACGAUUGAAUACGAAAUGGCCAUGGAAUGGAGACUACUUCAAACAAGAGUGGACAUAUGGUGGAAGGAGUUAUACAAGCAACAAGUGGUGGAGUUGAGAAAGGUUGAAAACAAUCUUAAGUUCAAAUAAGUUGCCGAUUCUUGUGUUGGUCCCUCUGAAACGAAAAAGUUGCAAGAGAAAAUUUUGCUCAUCCAAGCCGUGCUUUCCAAUAUCCAGGUUAACGAGUUGAAGGGUUGCCGGGCUCCUAUAAAGAUUAGAGGGCCCUCCUUUGCGUGGUGAUUUCAUAUACUGCAAGAUAUAUUUGGGGGGCGAGAGUGAUUUUAUUGUAGCUCGGUGCCAAAAAAAUGUGGAUCAAUUGCAACAUGGCGCUCAGUGGUUGGAUGGAGCUUUUUUGGAAGAAGGCAAGCGAAUUGUAUAUCAACAUGAUAGCAACAGCUUCUUGGCAAGCUGGUUAUGCGCCAUAUACAUGUUAGGUACAUCUGUACAAAUCAAGUGAACCUUGACAUUAUAGCAUGCUAGUAUCUAAUACAUCCUUUUCUCUUUUAUCCUCUA